GCUCGCUGAGGCGCUGUAGGACGACCGGAUAACGGGACCGAGAAGGGGGACAGGAGCAAAACGCCUCAGUCUGACAGACCUAGACGGGGUGCUAUUGUAUAACUCUGGCCUUCGGUCUUUUUAACUCAAGGCUUCCAGGAGGAGCGGCUGCUUUCUGUCUAUUUCUCCCCUAUUUUCUUCCCCUCUCCCCGCGGAGGUAGAGCCGGAGCAGCAGCGGGGCUCGGUGUUGCAUCGGCCGCUGGCGGAGGACCUGCACAUGUCGGCGCGGUGAGGGAGCGUUUGUUUCCCCGCCCUGAUACAGGAGGAGGAGGUUGUGUGGAAGAGGUUUAAACCGCAACAUUAUCCACCUCUGUGAGACAAAACAAAUAAAAACACACAGCAGGUGCGGCCGCUGUAACGGUCGAAAGAGGAUCCGUUGAAACGAGCGAGAAGGACAACAGUGAUGCGGCAGCCGAGGUGGGCCCAGAUUGAUGAUUUUAUGAUAUCAUCAUCCACCGCCAGGACCGAUCACUGAUUGUAUUGAUAAGGAGCAUCAUCGAGGAGAUUCAGCUAUAAACUGACCCGGGGUCCGUUUGUUUGUUUUUGAUCUGGAUAAACAGGCAAGGUGCUUGAUACAGUGAUUUCUCAACAACAGGAGCUCAGUUAAAGAAAUACAUAUCCGAAUUUAGGCCCAUGACUUAGUCUGUGUGUGACGCCAAUACAGCAGCAGAGAGGCGUGUGUGAGGGGAGGCGCGCCUGUCUGAGCAUCAUCUGGUAGCUGCACGGGCUACUCCUCCACGGGGAUGAUACACAAGCGAUUUUACAUCUGUGUGUGAAAAACCGAAGAAUCAGGGAUGAUGCUGCUGCCGUUUCCAGUGCGGCUCUGAUAGACAGCGAGGCGCGCAGCACGGGACUGGACAUCCAGACAAUCUCUCUCCUCACCUCUCCUCCGCCUCUGCACCUUCUCCCCCUGUAUCUCUCCCCCCCUCUCCUCCUCCUUCCUUGAGCUUUUAUCAUUCUGAUCAAUUGAUUAUCCAUCUGUGAUUCAGAUAGCCAUCCACUCCUCACUUCUUUCACCCUUUCUCAAGCGUCCCCCUUUACGCACACACACCAAGGCGCACAGGCCGCCGUCUACAGCCAUCAUGGAGACAACCAAGCUGCCUCCUUCCAGCCCGUCCUCGCCGACCACCAGCUUCUCGGUGCCGUCCGCGGAGAAGGUGGAUGGUUUCCCGCGGAGGUCGAUGCGCAGAGCCCGGCAGAGGAGGUCCCACAGCUCCUCCCAGUUCCGGUACCAGAGCUCCCAGGUGGAGCUCACCCCGCUGCCCCUGCUCAAAGACGCCCCGGUGGCAGAGUUACAUGACCUGUUCUGUAAGAAGCUGCAGCAGUGCUGCGUGCUGUUUGAUUUCCUGGACUGCGUGGCCGACCUGAAGGGGAAGGAGAUCAAACGGGCAGCGCUCAACGAGCUGGUGGAGAGCGUGGCCACGAGCAGAGGAGUUCUCAUAGAGCCUCUGUACCCCGAGGCCAUAAAGAUGAUCUCAGUAAAUAUCUUCCGGACCCUCCCGCCCAGCGAGAACCCAGAGUUUGACCCUGAGGAAGAUGAACCAACACUCGAAGCCUCCUGGCCGCAUCUGCAGCUGGUGUACGAGUUCUUUCUGCGUUUCCUGGAGAGCCCGGACUUCCAGCCCUCCAUGGCCAAGCGCUACGUCGACCAGAAGUUUGUCCUGCAGCUGCUGGAGCUGUUUGACAGCGAGGACCCCAGGGAGAGGGAGUACCUAAAGACCAUCCUGCACCGUGUCUAUGGAAAAUUACUGGGACUCCGAGCGUACAUCCGCAAACAGAUCAACAACAUCUUCCUCAGGUUCAUAUAUGAAACUGAGCACUUCAACGGAGUCGCGGAGCUUCUGGAAAUCCUCGGCAGCAUCAUAAACGGCUUCGCCUUGCCCCUGAAGGCCGAACACAAGCAGUUCCUGGUCCGGGUUCUCAUCCCGCUACACACGGCAAAGUCCCUUUCCAUCUUCCACGCACAGCUGGCCUACUGUGUGGUGCAGUUUAUGGAGAAAGAUGCUACAGUGACUGAAUACAUCAUCAGAGGGCUGCUCAAGUACUGGCCAAAAACGUGCACGCAGAAAGAGGUGAUGUUCCUGGGGGAGAUUGAGGAGAUCCUGGAUGUAAUCGAGCCCUCUCAGUUCAUCCGGGUCCAGGAGCCGCUCUUCAGGCAGAUCGCCGCCUGCAUCUCCAGCCCUCACUUCCAGGUAGCGGAGCGGGCUCUUUACUUCUGGAACAACGAGUACAUCCUCAGUCUGAUCGAGGAGAACUGUCAAGUCAUCCUGCCGCUGGUGUUCGCCACGCUGUACAGAGUCUCCAAGGAGCACUGGAACCAGACCAUCGUGUCUCUGAUCUACAACGUGCUGAAGACCUUCAUGGAGAUGAACAGCAAGUUGUUUGAUGACCUCACUGCCUCCUACAAAGUGGAGAAACAGAAAGAGAUGAAGAGGGAGCGGGAGCGGGCCGAUCUCUGGCGGGGUCUGGAGGAGCACCAGGACCGCCGGAUGCAGAUGCUCUCCGAGGCCGCCAGGAACCAGCGCAACCUCCAGGAGCGAGGCGAGAGAGGGGACCCGCCGAGCCCCUCGUCCCCGCAGACGGCUCACUCCGACCAGCCCGAGCCCAAGCCCAGCGGGGCCUCCUCUUCCUCUGGAGCCGGGGAGAGCGCCACCUAGGUGCUGCUCCACGGAGAAUGGAUAGCACGGGGUUAGGGGACAGGGAGACAACACAAGGUUGAUGGUGAAAAGUGUUGGGAGAGAAAAGGUACAAAACAAAUCCACAGCUCUUUUUAUCUUGUAUCAUGGAGGGCGUGGCUUUUUGUGAAAAAGCGCACAAGCUCAGUGAUCCGAGGUAAAGGCUGCACCUUUCUUUUCUGACAGAGUUGUGUGAAAGUGGUUCACUUUUUGCUGUGCACACAUCAUGUCGCAGAUCAGAAGAUGAAUAUUGCCCAAAAGUGCAGACUGUCAUUUUAAUCAGCGGCUGGUUCCUAACUGCAGGUCAGUAUCCAAACAUUGGUAGCUGGCCUGCUUAAAAUCAGCCUCAAAAUAAGAGAUGAAAUUUCUCUUUUGGUGCAACACUUACCAAGUUUAACGUGUCUAACUUGUCUUGAUAUUUAACCAACCGAGUCUGUACUGUGGCCGCGUAUUUAUCUUUUGCUCAGAGAUGCUUAUUUCAUGCGUGGACAGCACAAUACAUCAAUAAAACAAAGGAAGCAAUUUCACACAAAUGUCCCGAAACUGUUGCUGCACAGACCAGAAACUCACAGAAACACACACAUAGUCGCAGGUACAUAUUUACUGUAAAUAUGAGUAGACAGAGCAGAGAGAAAAUGUAUCAAACAAAAAACAUGCAUUAAAUUAUUUCAUCCAGUUUUUGUUCCACACACCCCCAAAACACACACACACACACACCCCCAAACACACACACACACACACACACACACACACACACACACACACACACACACACACACACACACACACACACACACAGCUGGUUCUGCCGGGUUGGUCGGGCCUAAAGUCUCUGAUGAAGAUGAUGAUGAUAUAAAGUACAAUACUGUUCCUUCUUCUUACUUGUUACUCUACUACUACUACUCUACUCUACUCUAAGUACUACUGAUGAUGAUGAUGAUGAUGAUAAUGUUUUUAUAUAUAUACAUAUGUCUCUGGAUAUUUCUGUAGUGUAUUAUGGGAGAAACACUAGUGUAGCAGAUACCAUAGAGGGGAAGGCCGGCUGGAAUUCUGGGUUCACACGUUAGCUGUACGCGGCCAUCAUGGUGAGUGCUGGAAUUCAGCCGAGUUCCCCUUUAACAGACCUUAAAGAGUAGGGGGAUGAACUGGACUGGUGGUGGCUGUUUUUCUUUUACUUUGAAAAUCGGGAUGUUUGUGGUGCGGCGGGCUUAAUUUAAAAGGGGUAUCUCGUAACAAAUCCAAAAACAUUCCAUAUUUAGAGAUAAUUUUGCAUUAGGCUGCCGAGUGGAGCUUUCUUGUAAACAAAGUUGUUUUUAAAUCUAGUGUUGCUCAACAAAACACAUAUACAAAUUGUGAUGACCUCCUCAUAAAACACUUGAUUUUUAGAUAUUUUAACUCUUUAAUUGUUUACAUCCAUGUUUACCUGCUAGCAUUUUUCUUCUUCCCUUAUUUAGCAGCACACUGCUAAAUUUCUUUGCACAUUUUCGCACACAAACAAUGGAAUAGCAUGAAACUGGUAGCAUGAUGGGAAUCACAUUGCCCCUUGUGCGCAAUAGAAACAUAACAGGCCCGCUUAAUAAAAACAACAAAACUCCACAGGGGAAUUUUUAUUUUAAAUUUGCAGCACACAAUUGUCUUUUUUUGUUUACAAUGUACUAAUUUGCUUCCAUACUUAUCGCAAAGUUGAAGUUUUUAACCAACCAAUUUCUAACCAAAAAUGUAUCCAUGCAAAAUAGCAAACCCGACCCCACACAGAGGUUACCGGGGUACAAAUGAAGCGCACCACAAGUGUUUCAGACUAAAAAGAAAAACACACAUCCAGUUUGAUGUCGGAGCCGGAGCGUCUGUUCCUUUAGGCAGAGACCUGACGCUGCUAGGUGGCGACUUGGUGUGAACCGAGAAGAAUCAGUUUAUUCUUGUCUGAUCAUGAUGAAAAAGUGACGUGGUGAAUAGAAAGGGGAAAAAAACUGAAAAAAAAAUAUUUUAGCAAUAUUUUCAUUCUUUCAGGAUAAUCUGUGUUUUUUAGGGGGUUAAACAGGAAGUGGGUGUCACUCUCAAAUGUUUACCCCCCACUCUUGUUUUUACUCCUGUUGCGUCCUUGAUAUUCACAUUGUCUUAAAGGUACUUUCUGUGUACAUUUAUUUAAAGAAUCUUUGCUUUGUAAUUACGUUGUUUUUUUCUCUUUGUUUUUGUAUGAUCUUGUUCAUUUUUGUGGAAUUCUGAUACUGAUGCUAUUUAUUUUCAAUUUGAUCAGGAAAUGUAACCAUUUUGAAGAUGAUGGUCAGGUUGUGUGUGUGUGUGAGUGAGUGUGUGUGUGUGUGUGUGUGUGUGUGUGUGUGUGUGUGUCCGGUGAGUGAAUCAGUGAGCAGGAGACGAGCGUAGACAGAGCGAUCGAGAACGAGAGAAAAACUGUUCUCUCUUUUUCUCUCUCUCUCCUUCUCUCCUUCCUGAGGGACAGGGUUUGAAUCUGAAUGUAUCGUGAAACAAAUCGAUUGAUUGUUUUUUUGACGCUUGAGACGCAGAGCUACCUGUCGGCUGCUUCGUAACCAAACAUUCAAAAACCCUUCGAACCAGCAGUUUUUUUUUUUUAACUCACAUCCAAUCAUGCCUGAGUCAACAAGGUUUUGAAAUCCACUUGGCAAGUUUUAUUGAGCUGUGCACGACUGAUUUAGCAUUUAAAGCAAUUUUCCUGGUUUUUUCUGAACACUUUAAGUCUGAGUUUGGCCAACUGUGUUCCUUUCAGGCUGCAAUCACCUAUUCUUCCAUUGCUUUGUUGAAAAAAAAUAUAUAUUAUUGCUUUCAAAUGUUAAAACUGCUGCUUUGGAUAUCAUUUCAAGUCUAACACAUUUGGCAGCCAUAUUUUCAAAUGUGUGCAUGAAAGUUAAUUUGGUGAACUUGGAUUCAGUAAUUUGACACUAAAUCAUCAAUUCAUUAUCAUUAAUUCACAUGUACUAUUUGUUCCCAACCAUCUGGCUUGUGACCCAUUCACACAAACAAAACUCCUCGGCCUGUUUGUGGACAGAGAUCAACCAAAGAGUGUUUUUUUUGUUCAUGUUUUUUUCAGAAGCCUUGAGAGGUCUCCCUUAUUACAAUUCAUAAGUCUUGGGCAAAAUACAAAUCAAGUGUUUGUUCCAAUUGAGUGCUCAACUUCAACAUUUCAAAUUAGCUUUAAUUUAAGGAACAUCCCAAAAUUAAACGAUUUAUUGAAGGACCCAAAACUUAGGAACCGUUGACAUAAGCCUAUUUCUGUCCUGUCUCUGCACAUGACUUGUUCCAUGGCUUUCAGAACAUGCAUUAGGUGAAACAGCAGCCUGCACCUGCAAACAUCACCAAGGCCCCCUUUUGUAGGAUUUCAAACGUUGUUUUGAUUCAGGCAAAAAACACAACUGAAAAGAGACAAAACUUGACCUCACUGUCAUAAAACUCAGCUUACUUUAUGAUUUUAGUUUUGGCUAGCUUCCUCACAAACCCUCUUGAUUGUUAUUGUCAGUCGGUCAGCUGACACGGGGAAAACGGAACCCCACGCUCCCGCUCUUCUACAAUCCUCACUCAUAUCAAACAACAGUCAUAUUCCUACUGUACUUCUAGAAACCUGCCGUAAAUUCUAGAACCGCUCCAGAAAUGGAAAGUAUGAGAAGAGAGCUCGGGUAUCGCCGCACAGACAUCGGACGCUGGUUUCAUUCUCUGUCACAUAUCCCCUCUGAGGCCAAAUUGAAACAAAAGUUUUAAAUCAAAGGGGAGGUGUGAACGGAUUCAAUUAAAGCAGCUGAUAUACUGUAGAUUAAAAAAAAAAAACAGGAGGAGAAAGACAGAGGAGAGAAAAGACGUAGAGUUAGACACGAUAGAAUGGCAAUAAGUCAGAGCAACAGUAACAGAAUGAGAAUAUAAUGUUACCGAAACCUACAACUGCAUUACGUAGCAACUUCACUGAAUUUCUAGAUUUGCACUGUCUGCCCAAUGGUCUGUGUUUGUUGUGUUGAAGAAAAACCUUAGAGAAGAUGAUUAAGACGAUGCAGAAGAAGAUGUAUAUUUUGGGGACCAACAAAGCGGUGGGGGGGUUGAAUGUAGAGAGGCUUACUACUGUACGUAACAUUACAGGGGGGUGUAGAAUGGAGAAAAAAAACUGUGCUAAAAAUGAAACUUCACUUUGAGAAAACACA